GCUUUCAAGGCCACACCGAAUUUGGAAGUCCAGUAGCAGGACCCUUUGUUGGUUUAUGCGUCUGCCUGACCAGGCAUCUGAAUUAUUUAGGUUGCUGGAUUUCUUACGUCGCGAUGUUACGCAGACCAUGAAGAAAGUGGAGACGAGGAAUAAUAUGAAUAGAUUGGCUUGCGCAAUGGAUAUGACCUUGAAUUUCUUCACAAACUCUUCGAUUACGCUUCUUAUCUUUAAGUUACACGAUCUCAGCAAUGACUUGUUCAGAUAUACCCAGCACUUCAUCGGCCUCGGAGUUGAGUCCCCAGGACUUGGCUGCCCGGGGACACGAAAUCACCGGCCUUUCCAUAUAUAAAGACACCAACGACGACAUCACUAUGGAAAGAGUGCAUGAGCUCUUAUCCGAAAUGAACUCGGAUGUUCCUCAGGGCGGAACAGACAUUGUGUACGGUGGAAGAGAAGCCCAGCGCCUUCGUCUCUGGAAACCGAUUUCAGAUGCUACCAAGGCCCCCGUCGUCGUGUAUGUCCAUGGUGGAAGUUGGACAAUCGGGACUUAUCUCGAUUCAACUGGCUCAAAGAAAGUCAGCUACUUGAACGACAUUGGUUACGCCUUUGCGUCAAUUAACUACACACUUAUCCCGACUGUUACUGUUGAGGAGCAGGUGCAAGAGGUUGCUGAUUCAGUGGCAUAUCUGAUUAUGAAUUCUGAAGAGCUUGGCAUUGAUCCAGAGCGUGUGGUUCUCAUGGGGCAUAGCUCUGGAGCGCAUGUCGUUACUUUGCUAGGCACUGACCCAAGCUACGCAGAAAAGGCAGGAUUUGGCAUCGACGUUCUAAAAGGCGUUAUCGCUCUCGAUGGGUCAAACUACAACGCUUUAGCAGAGUUUGCCGAUAACACAGGACCCAUCAUCACCAACAUGGUCAAAGGACUAAGCGAUGAUCCCGUACGAUUACAGGCAAUGUCACCGACCCAUCAUGCAGCUGCACCAAAUGCUGGGGCUUUUUUGCUGCUCCAUGUUCAGAGGAAGGGAGAUAUUCGCCAAGCUGUUGAGUUGUCAGUCGCACUCAAGGCUGCGGGUACGGAUGUUGAAUUGCAUGUUUUUGAGGGAGAGGGGUUCGAAGGGCAUGUUGCGAUGCUUUUGAGACUUGGAGAUGCGGCUUACCCUGCAACGUUGGUGAUGGAGGAUUGGUUCAGGAAGCAUGUUCCGUUGUAAACGGUGUCGCGACUGCGAAAAAUGGAUAGGAGAGAUGUUUGAAGAUUUACUUGCCAUUGAGUCAAUAUUCUUUAAAUUUUGUGCUGGCUGAAUGGCGAAAGUUCUUCCGAGCCAGCUCAAUUCGUUAACUGUCCGUUGAUCAAUUAUUGUGACGAUACCUACGACUGGGACCAGGGUAUGAUUCCAACUGCGACCACGACAGAAGAAAGUUUAG